GGCGCGGCGCCAGCGGGCGGCGGAGGCAGCCCCGACGGCCCCGACGGCCCGGCCAUGUCGGAGCCCGGAGCCCCCGCGGCCGGCGACAAGGCGCCCCGGCUCCAGGACCGGGUCCUGGGCGGGAUGCGCUGGGGCCGCCUCCUGGAGCCCCUGGGCUUCGUCAAGGUGCUGGAGUGGCUCUUCGCCAUCUUCGCUUUCGGGGCGUGCGGCUCCUUCAGCGGCGAGACCGGGGCGACGGUGAAGUGCAACGGCGAAACCAAGGAGAUGAGCGCCAUUUCCGUGCAGUUCGGGUACCCCUUCAGGUUAUACCAGAUCCCCUUCGAGAUGCCGGACUGCGAGGGCGAGUCUGAGACCCGGACCCUGCACCUCGUCGGUGACUUCUCCGCCCCCGCCGAAUUUUUCGUGACCCUGGGGGUCUUCUCUUUCCUCUACGCCAUGGCAGCUCUGGUGCUCUACCUGCGCUUUCAUUCCCUCUACGGCGAAAACAAGAAGCUCCCCUUCGUGGAUUUCUGCGUCACCGUCUGCUUCGCCUUCUUCUGGCUGGUGGCGGCGGCCGCCUGGGGCAAGGGGCUGAGCGACGUGAAGGCGGCCACGCGCCCCUCCAGCCUCAUCGCCGCCAUGAGCGUGUGCCAGGGCCAGGACGUGGUGUGCAACGCGGGCGCCACGCCGGCCAUGGGGCUGGCCAACAUCUCCGUGCUCUUCGGCUUCAUCAAUUUCCUGCUGUGGGCCGGGAACUGCUGGUUCGUGUUCAAGGAGACGGCGUGGCACACGCAGGCUGCGCCCCGCGACAGCGCGGCCGAGCAGGGAGCCAUCGACAAGCAGUAGCCGCCCCGCGGUGGCAGCGGCAUGGGGACGCGGGGGGGGGGGGACGCCUGUCCCCAGGGGACCUCGCGCCGGCCACCAGCCCGGGGACGGGGUGUCGCGGGCCCCGGGGGCACGGGGGGGGCGGCUGCUGCAGGGACGUGCGCCCCCGGUUGGGGGGGCGCAGGGUCGGGGCAUUAACCGCUGCUGUCUGGCUGUGUAUAGGGGUCCGGGCGUCCCGGUCCGUACCCCGCGUGCCCGCUGCUGUACGGAGGCGUAUAAAGGUCCUGGGUACCCA